AUGAAUCCUUUCAUUAGGGUAAAGUUGCCAUUACAAGGGAGCAGCAACCGAAUAUCGUCAAUCAAUGAAACUGGCGACUAUUUGUACGUUGGCACCAACAAAGGUGACCUUUACAUUUAUUGCUCAGCACCAACGCCAAACACAACACUUGCAUCGAUACAUCAUUCGCUGCACCUGUUGAAACAUAGCGAUCGUGCACUGACACUCAAAAGUAAAAGCAUACAGGAAACAACAAAUGCGUCUCUGGCGUCUAGAUCAAUCCGUUCUUUCCGUUCUUACCAGGAUGCAAAACAUUUAUUUACAGAGAAUAGUCGAUAUCAUUUGCAACACACUUUUACAAACUUAACACAAGAUGGGUCGAGCAUUUCGACUAUCAAAAUAUUACCACCUAAUCUAUGUGAAAGUCGUGGCAACAUGAGUAAACAAAUGGUAAUGAUCAUCAGUCCGACGUCGCUUAAGUUAUAUGAAUUAGUAGGAAACCACUCAAAUUUGCUUUACUCACUCGACGAGCCUCGUAUUACUGAUGCGCUAUACAUUAAUGGGGAUGAGAAUGGAAAUCAUACUACAGAUAGAAAGGAAAAUCAAGAACGAUUGUUACUUAUAAGCUUGAAACGAAAAGUUUUUGUUGUUCACAUUACCAACAAGUCGCGAAACGUGCUUCGAUUCAAUAUGUUGAGAGAAAUUCUGCUCAAAGGUAGAGUACAAUCGUUAACGAAAUUUAACGAUGAUAGUGUUAUUGUUGGUACAGAUACAGAAUAUGUCACAUUCAGCUUUGAUGACUUCCACGUAUCUCCACUAGCUGCAAGCCAAAAGGCAGAUGUAUUUAGUCAAGGCGCCCCAUUCAAAUAUUUUGGAUUAUCAGCAUCAGGUCCGCUGCUGUGGAUUCUUGAUACUGGUUAUGGAACGUUAUUACUUAUUAGAGAUACUACAGUUGUUGCUUUGGAUAAGCGCUGUGAAGAAAAACUCACGAUUUUACCAAUAAAGUUGUCCGUUGUUCCUCUUGCGGCCAUUUAUAUUCGCCCCAUGUAUGUGGCUUUUGUCUACCAGAAAAGGGUUGAAAUUUAUGAUUUGCAUUUGGGUAUAUUGGUCCAAAAGUUCACACAUUAUUUGAAUUCACAAUACAUAUCUGCCCUGGUUGAAGGUGAUAUUUUUAAUUUGGCUUGUGGUUUAGAUGUUUUGCAAUUUAACAUUUCCCCUCCGCUGAAGCAGAUUUUGCAAUUCUUAAACAUAUCAGGGAGAGUCCCUGGUAGUAAUACUGGCGUUAAUGUUUCUGGAAACGACAAUUUCAACAGCACUGCCAAUUUUCGCCACCCUCAAAGCGAUUUAAAAGCGGUUGGUAUUGAAUUGGCAAUACAGAUGGUUACACUGUUGGAAUCAAAUGACAAUAAUGAAUUGUUUUCCAGUGAAAAGACUAAAUUGUUGAAACUUCGAGAGUUAUACAAACUUAAAAGUAUCUACCUAUUCGAUCUGUAUGCACGUUACAACGAAGCCUUGGUUGAUAUAGCAUCUGAGUGGAUGGUGUCGUAUCAUGAUGUAUUACAGCUAUUCCCAGAUUUUUUGAAUGCAGAGAUACUUUUACUGUUGCUGCAAUCAGAGAGUUUAGGGGGAGAAACUCAUGACGCUGAUCAUGACAAUAAGAGCAUGGUUCCAAUGAUUGGGACGAUUAAAAAGGUCACCAAGGACGACCUUGAAACGGUUAAUCUUUCCGAGUCCGAAUAUGAAACUGAUACUACGCGCCGAACGUUGCCCAUGGCAUCUAAAAAGUCAAGACUGUCCAAGUCGCAAGGUGUGCGACGUUUCAUCAAAGCUGUUAAUAACCUCAUCAUAUAUCUCACAGAGCAACGUCGUAUCCUUGCACUUUUUAUGGAUAAAGGUUCCAUCAAAUGGAAAAAUGUGCUUCUUGAACCAGACGACAUAUAUCCGCUAAUAGAUGAUCAAUUGGAAUAUGUUGCCACUAUUAUAGAUACAUCAUUGUUUUUAUGUUAUUUUUAUACCAAACCAAUGUUGCUUGGACCACUAUUGAGACUUCCUAAUAACCGUUGUGAUUCCAAAAUUGUUAAUGAAUGCUUGUUGAGCAGUCUUCAUAAUCACGUCCAGCAAAGAAAUAUGAUGCAGCCAAACUAUGUAGCGGAGCUUUUGGAUUUCUAUUUUGGGAGACAACUACACGAAGAAGCACUUGAUAUGUUGAAAAAGUUAGCUUUAGAAAAUGAAGAUGCAGUUGCUAUUGAAAAAGAUGCGAAUGAUAAUAACCCUGUGCAUGUUCAUGCUAGCAAAGAUGAUAACUAUUAUAAUAAUUAUGUAACUGGUCCACAACUCACGGUUCGGUAUUUGCAAAGGCUUACAAACAAACACUUGUCUUUGAUAUUUGAAUAUGCGCUGUGGGUUAUUGACGCUGACGAGAGCAACAGCCGGCUGUUGUUUAUGAAUGAUUCAUAUGAGUGCGAAAGUCUUGAUAACAUGGCAGUUUUGCAAUUUUUUGUCAAGCGGAAAGAUUUUGACUUGGCUAUCGAGUACCUUGAAUGGCUUUUGUUCAAGAGUGAUUUGGUGGCAAAGUUGAAAUUGGAGAAAUUGUUUGUUGAUUUUGAAACAAAGCUUUGUUUAUUGUAUUUGAAACAAAUAAAAGCACAUUCGCUACAUGAGGAAGAAUACUACGAGAGUCUUUGGCGCUUACUCUCCACGAGUGAGACAUUUGACCCGUGGCCCAUUUUACGAGAGAUUCCAACUACAGAGGACAAGUUUCUUAGAUUGACUGUGUUUGUUUAUAAAAAACUACACGAGCAUGAGAAUGCUGUUGAUGUGCUUUAUGGUCAAUUGAAUAAUUUGGAUGAGGCAAUCGAAUACUGUUCGCUGAUUUAUCGCCAGCCGCAGGGUAAACAGAUUGGUCAGAACCUUUUCCAUAAGUUGUUGGAAGAUCUUUUGAUGAACUAUUCAAGGAAUAAAAAUGUUGAUCAAAUUGCGAAACUAUUACUUGGAAAAGGUCUGCAAAUGUCUGUAGAACGUGUCUUUAAAGUACUUCCGCCAUCAUUUCCCUUGUUUGAAAUUGCUCCGUAUUUAAGGUUGCAGGUGCAAAGAUUUCAAAACGAUGCUGAUGAUACACGAGUCAAUUCUCAGCUCUAUAAAGUUGGCUCAAUCAAUCUCAAGCAUCAAGUCUUGCAGCUACAAGAUCAAUGUUUUAAAAUUAAUUCAAGCAAAACAGUUUGUCCUGUUUGUAAAGAAAAAUUAGGAUACAGUAUUUUGACAGUAACCGAUAACAAGGAUAUUAUACAUUAUGGUUGUUCCCAGCGAUUACGACAAACCAGUUAA